CACGGAUUGGUGCCGAUGUGGGGACGGAAAUACCCGAACAAUUCCGGGGGAACGGGAGUUCUGACUGGUAAUCGAGGGGUAGACUAUAGCAGUGGGCGGGGUCACCUCAGUACGUUCGAAGGGCGUUGGCGGAAAUUACCGAAGAUGCCCGAAGCCGUCGGGACGGACCCGAGUACCUCACGCAAGAUGGCGGAGCUGGAGGAGGUGACUCUGGACGGGAAGCCUCUUCAGGCGCUAAGGGUGACCGACCUGAAGGCUGCACUGGAGCAGCGAGGCCUAGCCAAGAGCGGGCAGAAGAGCACCCUGGUCAAGCGGCUCAAAGGGGCUCUAAUGCUAGAAAAUUUACAGAAACACUCAACACCCCAUGCUGCAUUCCAGCCAAAUUCCCAGAUUGGUGAGGAAAUGAGCAACAACAGUUUCAUAAAGCAGUAUCUGGAAAAGCAACAGGAGCUACUUCGGCAGCGUCUGGAACGGGAAGCUCGAGAAGCUGCAGAACUUGAAGAAGCUUCAGCUGAGUCGGAGGACGAGAUGAUCCAUCCAGAGGGAGUGGCUUCCCUGCUGCCUCCUGACUUUCAGAGUAGCCUGGAGAGACCAGAGCUGGAGCUCAGCAGACAUUCGCCCAGAAAAGGCUCCUCUGUUUCUGAAGAAAAAGGUGAAUCUGAUGAUGAAAAGCCAAGGAAAGGAGAAAGACGAUCAUCCAGGGUCAGACAGGCAAGGGCAGCUAAGCUAUCUGAGUACAGUCAGGCUGCUGAAGAGGAAGAGGAUCAAGAAACACCUUCCAGAAAUCUGAGGGUUAGAGCAGAUCGAAAUCUGAAAACAGAAGAGGAAGAGGAAGAAGAAGAAGACGAAGAAGAAGAAGAGGAGGAAGAAGAUGAAGGACAAAAAUCUAGGGAGGCUCCAGUUCUAAAACAGUUUAAAGAACAGGGGGAAGAAAUGUCCAGAACAAAACCAGAGGAGGUGAUGGAUGAGAGACCCAAAGCCAUAGUAUCCCAGGAACAGGAGAGGUUAGAAAGAGGAGGGCGAGUCACAAGAUCCCAGGAAGAGGCCAGAAGAAGUCAACUGGCCAGACAGCAGCAAGAGAAAGAUUUGCAAACAGUUUCUGCCCUUGAGGAGAAAGAAAGAGAAAUAAAAUUUUCACAAGGCUUGGUGAAAAAAUCACAGUCCCCUUCCCCCCCUCGAUUGACUGAAGAUCUAGGAAAGGCUGCUCUUGUGCCACAGCCAGAGCAAGCUGCCAGCGAAGAGGAGACUCCCCCACCAUUGCUUACCAAGGAAGCAUCCUCUCCACCACCUCAUACACAGCUACAGAGUGAGGAAGAAAUAGAGCCCACAGAAGGUCCGGCUCCUCCUGUCCUCAUGCAGUUAUCGCCACCAAGUGCUAAUGCUGAAACUAAGGAGCACAACGUCCAGUUGGUGGGAGGCCUGUCUCCUUUGUCCAGUCCUGUAGACACCAAAGCAGAGUCUCCAGCAGAGAAAGUGUCAGAGGAGAGUGUCCUGCCCCUGGUUGAGAAAAACACAUCGGGGGAAUAUUCAACCCCAAAAGGUCAUGCAACUGAGUCAGAAAAAUCCACUCAGCCAUUCCCUCUAAAAAUGGAAGAACUAACACCAGCCAAAGGGAUCACUGAUGAAUCUCUGAAACAGCAGUGUUUGGAACAGAAGGAAGGCCGAAGGGCCUCACAUUCUCUUUUUCCAAGCCACAAGUUAAAACAGUCAGCUGACUCAUUCUCCAGCCGGUCCUCCUCAUCUUCAUCCUCCAGUUCUAGAUCCAGAUCUCGCUCUCCUGACAGUUCGGGUUCUCAGUCUUAUUCACCUCCAAGAUCCAAGCAGAGAGCAGUGUCCCAGACACAUGUCCACACUAACCCUCAUGCUAGACCUCAGCCAGACUCUAGGUCCACAUCAGAGUCCAGGUCCCGGUCCCGGUCCCGGUCCCGUUCUGCAUCUAGCAGUAGCAGGAAAUCUCUGAGCCCUGGAGUCUCCAGGGACAGCAACACCAGCUACACUGAAACCAAAGAUCCCAUUUCUGGUCAAGAGGUUGCAGGUCCACCAGUGCCACAGCUGCAGGUCUUUGAGCCACAGCAAAGGACACCAACCUCCUCAUCCUCUAUCGAAGGGAGGCAUCUGAACCAGCCUGAGCCAGCCGAAAAACAUGUGACCCAGAGGGUGCAACCCGAGCGGGGAAGCCCAAAGAAGUGUGAAGCUGAAGAGGCAGAGCCACCAGCUGCCACACAGCCUCAAACCUCAGACACUCAGACUUCCCAUCUACCAGAAUCAGAAAGGAUUCAUCACACUGUUGAGGAGAAGGAGGAAGUGACUAUGGACACAAGUGAAAACAGACCUGAAAAUGAGGUUCCAGAGCCUCCUAUGCCUGUUGCCGACCAAGUCAGCAAUGAUGACCGUCCAGAGGGCAAUGCUGAAGAUGAGGAGAAGAAAGAGAGCUCGCUGCCCAAAUCAUUCAAGAGGAAGAUCUCCGUUGUCUCAGCUACCAAGGGGGUGCCAGCCGGAAACAGUGACACAGAGGGGGGCCAGCCUGGUCGGAAGCGACGUUGGGGAGCCAGCACAGCCACCACACAGAAGAAACCCUCCAUCAGUAUCACCACUGAAUCACUCAAGAGCCUCAUCCCCGACAUCAAACCCCUGGCGGGGCAGGAGGCUGUUGUGGAUCUGCAUGCUGAUGACUCCCGCAUCUCUGAGGAUGAGACAGAGCGUAAUGGCGACGACGGGACCCAUGACAAAGGGCUGAAAAUAUGCCGGACAGUCACUCAGGUGGUACCUGCAGAGGGCCAGGAGAAUGGGCAGAGGGAGGAAGAGGAAGAAGAAAAGGAGCCUGAAGCGGAAUCUGCUGUACCUCCCCAGGUGUCAGUGGAAGUGGCAUUGCCCCCACCUGUGGAACACGAAGUAAAGAAAGUGACAUUAGGAGAUACCUUAACUCGUCGGUCCAUUAGCCAGCAGAAGUCUGGAGUUUCCAUUACAAUUGAUGACCCAGUCCGAAUUUCCCAGGUUCCCUCCCCACCCCGGGGCAAGAUCAGUAACAUUGUUCAUAUCUCCAAUUUGGUUCGUCCCUUCACUUUAGGCCAACUCAAGGAGUUGCUGGGGCGUACAGGAACGUUGGUGGAAGAGGCCUUCUGGAUUGAUAAGAUCAAAUCUCACUGCUUUGUAACGUACUCAACAGUAGAGGAAGCUGUUGCCACCCGCACAGCUCUGCACGGGGUCAAAUGGCCCCAAUCCAACCCCAAAUUCCUUUGUGCCGACUAUGCUGAGCAAGAUGAGCUGGACUAUCAUCGUGGCCUCUUGGUGGACCGCCCCUCUGAAACUAAGACAGAGGAGCAGGGAAUACCACGGCCCCUGCACCCCCCGCCCCCGCCCCCAGUCCAGCCACCACAGCACACUCGGACAGAGCAGCGGGAACAGGAGAGGACAGUGCGUGAGCAGUGGGCAGAACGGGAACGGGAGAUGGAGCGGCGGGAGCGAACUCGAGCUGAGCGAGAAUGGGAUCGAGACAAAGUUCGAGAAGGGCCACGAUCCCGCUCACGGUCCCGUGACCGCCGCCGCAAAGAACGUGCAAAGUCUAAAGAAAAGAAGAGUGAGAAGAAAGAGAAAGCCCAAGAGGAGCCACCUGCCAAGCUGCUGGACGACCUCUUCCGGAAGACCAAGGCCGCUCCCUGCAUCUACUGGCUCCCGCUGACAGACAGCCAAAUUGUCCAGAAGGAGGCUGAGCGGGCUGAGCGGGCCAAGGAGCGGGAGAAGCGGCGAAAGGAACAGGAAGAAGAAGAGCAGAAGGAACGUGAGAAGGAAGCUGAGCGGGAACGGAACCGACAGCUGGAGCGAGAGAAACGACGAGAGCACAGCCGAGAGAGGGACAGGGAGAGAGAGAGGGACAGGGAACGAGACAGGGGGGACCGAGAUCGUGACAGGGAAAGGGACCGGGACCGGGGUAGGGAGAGGGAUCGCAGAGACACCAAGCGCCACAGCAGAAGCCGAAGUCGGAGCACACCUGUGCGGGACCGGGGUGGCCGCCGCUAGCUAGGGCACUGCUAGGAGAGCUGCAGGUACCAGCACCGCCCCGGGGUUAAAGGCCGCAGAGGGGCAGGUAGUCACCACCAUCCUGACCAGGGGUCUUUCACACCAUUCGCCCAGUGCCGAAGUAUGGCUGCCUUCUGUCCCACACCCCACAUGGAGCAGAAACCGCCCUUGCCCACAUGUGCUUCUCCACCUGCGCCCUGGGGCUUAGCCUCCCCUCCCUCUCACUUCUCAUUACAUCUGUGGGAGGAAAGAGCUGGGUUACAGAGGGAGGUGGCAGGCCAGAGCCAGGGAACGGCCAAGAGCCCUAAACCUGGCAUUCUGUUCUUCACCUCCCAUGGGAACCGCUGGGGCCAGGACUGGGUCACCUAUGAGCUGAAUCAGCGUCUUCUCCUGAGUCCCAGGGCCCCUGCAGUUCCCACCCAGUCCUGCAGCCUUUGUCUCCUGCCCACUGGUUCCACUUUAUAUCCACCUUUUCCUUUUGUUCAAUUUUUAUUUUUAUUUUUUUUAUUAUUAAAUGAUGUGGUCUAUGGAAAAAAUAAAAAAAAUAAAAUCUGACUUAGUUUUACCUA